ACCUAUCAAUCAGAAGCACAAGCAUUCGGCAUUUCACCCAUGAGACCGAGACCCAUAACUCGAGCCCUAUCUCCUUUCGUUCAAAGCUCUUGGGCCGGGUGCUCGCAACGAGCCGGAUCGAUCGGAGGAGAGCGGCUCGCGGUGCGGCGACACAACAACAACARCAAGAAGUAUUCUGCAACGACGAAAAGGUCGAUGUCGUCGUCGGCGCAACCCGUGAUUGAAAUACGAGAGGAUUUCUUGGCUCCGCAGCACGCCAGAWCGUAUUUCGAAGUUGUAUCUGAAGAUUUCCGCGUUGUUCAUCCACCGAACCUGCGCUUCCUCAGUCGUCAAGAAUUAGGCGGAGACCGAAAUGUUGCGACUCGUGCCUACUAUUACGAAGGCGGUUUGGCAGAACUCCAAGAACAAGAAAUACUGGCAGAGGAGAAUGAAAUCCACCACGACGACCUCAACGUUUUYAUUCAAUCUCAGCAUCGAUCGGUGUAUGUUGAGGCUCCUCUCUUGAAAGAACAAUCCGAAUUUGUGAUAGGUCUUGGRGGCAACACCGCAGCAGGUGUUGACAACRACGAAGAUUGUAUUUUGGAACUUCGAAAAUACCACCUCAAAUUAGGYUACGACAYGGUACCAAAYUUCUUGGACCUAUACGGAGCUGGGCUCCCAUCGAAACUCCACGCCUCCGGUACGGACACGAAGACGAGUCUCGUAACGCUUCUCUACAGCGARGUGGGGCGUUUGAACGAAGUUAUCGAGGUUUGGAGGCACGGGAACGGGAUACGGGGCAUGGAACGAUCCAGAGUGGCAGCGAGGACUGCACACGAAUGGAGGAACGCGAUUGCGAGCAUUGCCGAUCUGGCAAUCGAGUUUCGUUCGACCAUUCAUCGACCCGUAUGGACGGCGUUCUCGCCGAAAAACAAAUAGCAAUGAUAGCAACAAGUAAGGGGAAAUCUCGAGAACCUAGAAUGCAACCAYUUCCAUAUCUCUGUAAUAUAUCUAUCUAUCCAUC